GGUUCCUCCCGACCAGUCCAAAGAAAUAUCGCAACAACCAGAGAAGAAGAGAAGGGGACGAGAGCAUACAGAGAGAGGAGCAGAAGGAAAUGGCGGAGGAAGAGGUGAAACUGGGAUCGUCGAAGCCUAUGAUCGCAACGCAGGAGGAGAUGGUGGAGGCCCGCGUGCCCAUUCCCUACCGCGACCAGUGCGCCCAUCUCCUCAUCCCCCUCAACAAGUGCCGCGUCGCCGAGUUCUACCUCCCCUGGAAGUGCGAAUCCGAGCGCCACUCCUACGAGAAGUGCGAGUACGAGCUCGUCAUGGAGCGCAUGCUCCAGAUGCAAAAGAUCCGCGAGCUCGAAGAGAAGAAGAAGGCCGCCAAGCUCCAGGGCAAAUCCCCCAUCCCCCUCAUCCCCUCCACCGCCAAUGCCUGAUACCAUUCCCCCUUCUACUUCUUCCGUCCUUUCAUCUGGGAAGUGGGGAUUCCAUAGCUGGGAGAAAGGCACCUCUGAUGUUCAGCGACGCCAUAUCCAUGUACUAAAAUUCAAGUCUGUUCCAUCAGGACUGCCAUUUGAAACCAGAUAAAACCUGACUUGUGUUAUUUCCUUUUCUAUUUUAUCCUUGUGCAUCUAAUGCUCGAGCUAUUCAAAUAAGAAAAACUGUUUGUCUACAAGCAUGACCCUAAGAGACGGUACAAAGAUCAUGGCACUGGAUGCUUUGUGUCCCU